CAGAGAAACUAGGGCCACACCACACGCUUCCUCCCUCCCCCGCCGCUCCGAAACUGAAAACCGAACAAAGUCCACAUCUUGGCAUCCAUCUCUUCCCCAUCUCCGGCCUCCGGCCACCACCCAUCUCCAUGUGGCUGCCCUGGGUCAAGACGCGCCCGUCCUCCGACUCCACCACCUGCUCCUCCACCGCGCUCUCCGCCGCCUCGCCGCGCCUCUCCUUCUCCUCGCCCUCCCUCAAAGAUCUCCAGGCCCUCCUCCGCUCCGACCCCCCGUCCCUGCCCUUCCCCUCCCCGUCCCCGCCGCCGCCGCACACCGCCCCCCGCUCCCCUGCCGCCGUCCGCGUGUUCCACCGCGUCCGCGUCGCCACCUCGGCCCUCCGCGCGCUCCGCACCCUCCAGGCGCCGCCCGCCGCCGCCACCGAGGCCGACCGCCGCGUGGUCCUCUACUACACCUCGCUCCACGUCAUCCGGACCACCUUCGAGGACUGCCGCGCCGUGCGCACCAUCCUGCGCGGCCUCCGCGCCUCCGUCGACGAGCGCGACCUCGCCAUGGACGCGUCCUACCUCGACGAGCUCGCCGCCCUCCUCCCGCGCGGCCGGCGCCUCACCCUGCCCCAGGUCUUCGUGGGCGGGCGCCACCUCGGCGGCGCCGACGAGCUCCGCCGCCUCCACGAGUCCGGCGAGCUCCGGCGCGUCGUGGCCGGCGCCGCCUCCCUCGCCGCCUGCGCGCGGUGCGGCGGCGAGCGCUACGUGCUCUGCGGCAGCUGCGACGGCAGCCACAAGCGCUACAGCCUCAAGGGCGGCGGCGGCUUCCGCGCCUGCGCCGGCUGCAACGAGAACGGCCUCGUCCGCUGCCCCGACUGCUCCCCGCCGGCCGUCUGAUCCAGAUCCACAAAAGGUUCCCAAUCUAGUACUGAAUCAAUGACCUGUAGCACAUGUUUUUAAUUUCCUAGUAGCAGUGUCAAAAUCGAGAUACUAAGAAAAUGAGUUAUGUGUGUGUGUGUGUGACUGUGUAGCUGUUACUACUACUUGAUGAUUUAGUGUAACUGGUGUUUGAUACUACA